UCUUCCAUCCAUGGAGCAUGACAGUGCUCUGGCUUUGGCUCUUGAGCAGGAAACCAAAGAGGAAGCCCUGGCAAGCUUGGAGGAUGCAGGUUUGUUUUUUUGUCAGAUCUGCCAGAAGGAUCUCUCAGCCAUGAACACAACUCGACGAGAGCAGCAUGUUAACAGGUGUCUGGAUGAGAUGGAAGAAGCACAGAUGUCAUCCUCCAGCAAACCCCUGGUCCCUGAAUGUCCCAUCUGUGGGAAGCAGUUCCAAACCCCACAGAGCCGAGUCAGUCACUUGAAACGCUGUGCUGUCAAGAUGGAAGUUCCUCCUAAGCUGCUUCUUCAGGCGGUACAGUUGCAGGCAUCCACGCUUGGUGAUGCACCUCUUCAGUGUCCUAGCAAUCAACCAAGCAGGUCAAAGCGAAAAGGCUCCUCCAAAGAGGACUCAAAAAAAAUGCAGAAGAGGGCCAAAAUGGAAACUAAGGAUGAAGAUUUGCUGGUUGCUAUGGCAAUGUCACGCUCUCUGUUGGAACAAGAAAAGCAAGAACAAGCAAAAUCAGUUACAAAUGUGAAACCAGUGGCUGCUUUGCCAAUCAAAUGGAAGCCAGGAUCAGAAAAAACGGCGUAAAAGAGGCCCAGCUGCACCUCCUCCAUUGCUGCUUCAGGACCCGGAGAAGGUCCGCAAAAGGAUCCAGGAGCGAGUAGCUAUGCUGCUGGCAGCAGAGGUGGAAUUCCCUCCCACCCCUCAGCUUCCCACUAGCAGGAUUUUGGAGGAUGAAUCUGGGAAAGCAGCCUGGCUCUUGCCAUUGCCC